AUGUCGAUGGACUUCGGCGCCCCGGCGGAUGACCCCAAGGUCUUCCGCAACAUCUGCCGCGACCGGAUACUGAAGGACUUGCUGAAGCCGGACAAGGAUAAGGAGACCAAGAGCUCGUGGAAGGUUCUUAUAAUGGAUAAGUUUACAGUGAAGAUCAUGGGUUAUGCUUGCAAGAUGGCGGAAAUCACCGAUGCAGGGAUUUCGUUGGUCGAAGAUCUGUUCAAGAGAAGGGAGCCGAUGCCUUCAAUGGAUGCAAUCUACUUUCUGCAGCCACUGAAAGAGAAUGUCAUAAUGCUCCUCUCCGAUAUGUCUGGGAGAUGUCCACUGUACAGGAAGGCAUACAUCUUCUUUAGUUCACCGAUUCCUAAGGAGCUGGUAUCUUACAUAAAGAAUGACAGCAGUGUAAUACCGCGGAUUGGUGCACUAAGAGAGAUGAAUUUGGAAUUCUUUACUAUUGACAUGCAGGGCUUCGUAACUGACCAUGAUACGGCGCUGACUGAUUUAUAUGGCCCAAGUGAACAUAAUUCCAAAACAUUCAACGAUACUAUAAGCACGAUGGCUACUCGCAUCGCGACCACAUUUGCAUCAUUGAAAGAAUUUCCAUGUGUGCGGUAUCGGGCCCCAAAAGGAGAUGCUUCCGCAACUACUAAAUUUGACAUGGUUCCAAAGUGGCUUGCUACUGCUGUUUGGGAUAUUGUGUCAAAAUAUAAAUCAACAAUUCCUGAAUUUCCCCAGAAGGAGACAUGUGAACUACUCAUUGUUGACAGGCCUAUAGAUCAGAUAGCACCUGUUAUUCACGAAUGGACCUAUGAUGCAAUGUGCCAUGAUCUACUUGAAAUGGAUGGUACCAAAUACAUAUACGAGGUAUCAAAGGCAGGUUCGGAACCUGAACAGAAGGAGGCUGUAUUGGAGGAUCAUGAUCCUCUUUGGCUUGAGCUUCGCCAUGCUCACAUAGCUGAUGUUAGCGAGAGAUUGUACGAAAAGAUGAAUAAUUUUGUUUCCAAGAAUAAAGCAGCACAACUACAUUCAAGAGAUGGUGGUGAAAUCUCAACAAGGGAUCUGCAGAAAAUCGUUCAAGCCUUGCCACAAUAUAGUGAUCAAGUUGAGAAAUUGACACUACAUAUAGAGAUUGCUGGAAAAAUUAAUAGGUUUAUCAGGGAGUAUAGGCUCCGUGACAUUGGGCAGCUGGAGCAGGACCUGGUUUUUGGAGAUGCAGGAGCGAAGGAGGUGAUCAACAUCCUUAGGUCAAAGCAGGAUAUGAGUCCAGAAAACAAACUGAGGUUGCUGAUUAUAUAUGCAAUUGUAUAUCCAGAAAAGUUUGAAGGUGACAAAGGCGAUAAGUUGAUGCAGCUAGCAAAGCUUCCACAUGAUGAUAUGGAUGUAAUAAAGUGUUUAAGGUACUUGGAAGGUGUAGAUACAAAAAAGUCAUCAAGGACCGGUACUUUCUCUCUAAAAUUUGAUGCACAAAAGAAGAAAAAUGCUGCCAGGAUAGAAAAACAGGAUGGGGAGGAAACAUGGGCGUUAUCACGAUUUUUCCCACUUAUUGAGGAGCUAAUUGAGAAACUGAGCAAAGGUGAAUUACCUCUGAAAGAAUACCCAUCUAUGAGUGAACCAAGUUCUGCUCCUCAAGGUGCCACUCAAACAGCAUCAACGGCAGGACCACCACAAAACCCACAGCCAAUGUCUAUGAGGUCAAGGCGGACACCACAAUGGGCUAAGUCUCGGGCCUCUGGCGAUUCUCAAUCAAGUGAUUCUUCAGUCUUGAGACACUCAUCAGGUGAGUUCAAGAGGCUAGGCAACCGGAUUUUCGUCUUCAUGAUUGGUGGAGCCACUAGAUCUGAAUUGCGCACGGUGCACAAGCUUACAAUGAAAAUGAAGCGCGAAAUCGUUUUGGGCUCUUCUAGCAUCGAUGACCCUCCGCAGUUCAUUUCGAAGCUGAAGUCGAUAGGUAGCGCCGCUAACAAGUAG